AAAAUAACAAGGAACCUCUAUAACCAGUGCUUCCUAUAGCUUCCGAGUUCAUUGAUGCAUGUUUAACCAAGGAUUCAAUUACAAUCUUCCAUUUCUUUAUUUUGCACACAAUCUCUUCAUCUGAGAGUCGCAAUGAUGAAGACCUGCAGCCAAGACGUGAAGCGCUCAGCUCUCAUACUCCUGAUGAUCAACAGCUUCUGUGCCUUUUCACAAAUUCCUCAUGAGACUAUCUAUGUUGUUGGCUGCUUUGAAAACGGGACAUCUGAAGUACAUUUUGAAUUAGAUUCUGAGGAGAUGUUGUACAUAGAUUUUGACAAAUCUGAUAUAGUUUACACUGUGCCCAGAAUUUUUAUGGAUGAUCCAAGCAAAAUGUUUGAUCAUAUGAAUGUAUUCACUAAUGCUAAUAAAAACAAGAAGCUGUGUGUAGCAUUGCUUCAAUACUUAAAAAUUGAGGAUAAAAAUCCCCCAGAAGAAAAAGACCCCCCUGAGAGCGUCCUCUACCCUGCAGAAGAAGUUGAGUUUGGACGUGAAAACAGCCUCAUCUGCUUUGUGAAUAAUUUCUACCCACCUGAGGUCAGAGUCAUGUGGACCAGGAAUGGUGUUCAGGUGUCAGAGGGGGUGUCACUCAGCCGAUAUUUCCCCAAUAAAGAUCAAACCUUCCACCAGUUUUCUACCCUGACGUUCACACCGAGGGAGGGGGACAUUUACAGCUGCACUGUGGAGCACUCAGCCCUGGACAUGCCUCAAACAACGAUCUGGGAACCUGACAUCAGUCAUCGCAGUCUGGGAGCAGAUGUUUACUGUGGAGUGGGCCUGACUCUGGGCAUGUUGGGGGUCGCAGCCGGAACAUUUUUAAUGGUUAAGGGACACCAUGGACACUAAUUUCUCUGCUUUAGAGGGAUAACACACAUAAGAUGAUGAUUGCACAUACAUUAAAUACAAACAAUAAUCAAAUGUAUUGUCUUCCCAACCUAAAUUUGGCUUUAAGAGAUGUAUACGUUUCAGGCCUGUUGUGUCUUAUUCAAGAAUGACUAAAAUAAAGAGGUUAAUUCUGGAAAAUGUAUAAAGCUAAAAUAAAAUGUCAUUCACAUGCACAAAGAAGCAAUACAGUUUAAUAGAUAUGGUAUCAUUUGCCAGAUUAUAUUUCACUUUAGAGACAAUGUUAUUGUUGAAAAACAAUACAGCAGUCUUCCUGUAAAAAACACACAUGUUUAAAUCAUUAACAAAUAAUAUAAAGGGUAUGAGCAGUGGCUAACAGCUAACUUUAAAUUGGUAUAUGUAUAUAUGAUGUUACUGAAUGUCAACAAGUGGACUCCAUUUAUUCGUUAAAUGGUCUGAAUGAAGCUUUGAGUUUAAGUUCUUUAUAAUUCAUUUAUUGCCAUCUUUGUAAUUACAUUGUUUAUUAAAAACAUUACCAUGUAACAUGCUGUCUGUAGAGUGCACUGCUAUCUGUAACUUUGAUAUAUGUUAAAAUAUUAUUGAAGUUUAAAUAACACGCCUACUUUUUAAAAAUGUAAUCAGGUAAUCCUAUUGAGAUCUCUUUGUGAGCACCAUGAAUACAGAAGAAAAGUAUGUGAAGUGAUGUACUUGGGCUGUUUUGCAGAAAACCUUUUAAGUAUUUAACAUUUUGAAAAUGUUUUUCUCUUUUUGUUGCUUUUGAGUGCCGCCCUAUUACUCCAUCGUCAAAAACAGACAUGAUGGUUGCCUGUAAUCGUUGUUUCUUCAGUAAAAAACUAUGUGAACUGUUA